UCAAUACCUCACCUCUGCCCAUUAUGGCCUUCUCAAUGCACAGCCACUCCGGUCAAUUCUGCCCUGGCCAUGCAAAAGACACCUUGGAGGAAGUGGUCCAAAGCGCUAUCUCGCACGGAAUGCAGACCUUUGCCUUAACCGAGCACAUGCCCCGUGACUCAGACGACGAUAUGUACCCCGACGAAGUAUCAACCGCACCCCUUAGACCUCGUCACGAAAGGUUCCUCAUUGAGGCAGCAAAGUUACGAGAGAAAUACGCCGGAAAAAUCAAGAUCUUGAUCGGGUUCGAAGGAGAGUGGAUCCGGCCUUGCUACGCCGGUCUUAUGAAAGAGUUGGCCUCAAAUCCAGUCAUUGAUUUCUACAUCGGUUCUGUACACCAUGUUCAUGCGAUUCCCAUCGAUUAUGACGUUGUGUUCUACCGGAAAGCAAGAGAAGUGGCCGGAGGCAGUGAUGAGAGGCUUUUCGAGGAUUAUUUUGAUGCGCAAUUUGAGAUGUUGAAUGCAUUAAAACCAAGAGUUGUAGGGCACUUGGAUUUGAUUCGGUUGUUGAGUGAUGAGCCGAAUCGGGAUUUGAGGGAGAUAAAGGGGGUUUGGGAGAAGGUGGUGAGGAAUUUGAAGGUCAUCAUUGAGCAGGGAGGUUUGGUGGAGGUUAAUACCAGUGGGCUGAGGAAGGGGUUAAAGGAGCCGUAUCCGACCAGGAGUGUUUGUGAGGAGUUUCUGGGCAUGGGGGGCAUGUUGACUUUGAGUGAUGAUAGCCAUGGGAUUGCGCACGUAGGGACGAAUUAUGAGAGGGGCAUUGAAUAUUUGGAAUCGCUGGAAGUGAAGGAGCUGUACGCUCUAGAUGGGAAGAAUGGGGAUAUGAAGAGUCAGGUCAGUGUACGAAGUGUCACCUUGGCGAGUAUAAGGAAGAGUUUCAAAGCAUAGAAUUAGAUUUUGCUAGACUUAGACCAUGAAUGGCCUACAGUGGCAGUCCAUUCGCCUUCUUUCCCCCGCCACGAGAACAGUUGAAUCGCC